UAAACUAGCCACCGGACAGACGUGGUUCACAUAAUACAUUAUUGUAGACCGUAACGAAACACUGUGGGAAUAUUAUGAGAGUUGAUUAACGAAAUUAAGCAACAUCAAGAUGAAAGUAAUAUGUUUUAUUGCUGCAUGGAUGAUCAGCUAUGGUAGUACGCAAUCGCCUAAUGGAUCCACAAUAGGUACUCUUUAUCGAUGGAAACAAAUAGAUUAUCAAUAUCCUUCUCCAGCUCAGAGACAGGAAGCUAUUGAUGCGGGUGAAUUUAUUCAAGCCAAUGUGAUACCUUUGGGCAUUGAGCGUUGGAAAGGACGAGUAUUUAUAAGCACCCCACGAUGGAAAAGCGGGGUACCAGCAACACUAUCAAGUGUACCAGUAUCAUCACAAUCAGAAUCACCAGAACUAGCCCCAUAUCCCAAUUGGGACUGGCACAAUGCAGUAAAUUGUACUGGAUUUACCUCGAUUUUCCGUAUGAGCGUGGACCAUUGCGGCAUUAUGUGGGUUUUAGACUCCGGUCAAGUCGAGGCUUUUGAAACACCGCGUCAAUUAUGCCCGCCGACAUUAUUUGCCAUAGAUCUAGAGACCGACACUGUAGUUGCAAAAUAUCCAAUACCGAGUGAAUUCGUUCUUCAAAAUUCCUUAAUCACAAACCUCAUUGUAGACUCUCGUGAUGCGCGGUGUAGAGAUUUACAUGUGUACAUUGCAGACGCUUGGCGUUUUGGUUUAAUUGUGUUCAGAGAUUCAGACGCAGCUUUUUGGAGAUUCAGCCACUACAGCUUUUACCCUGAGCCGUUACUUUCCAAUUAUACGUUACACGGGUUAAAUUAUCAAUGGUCUGAUGGAUUGUUCGGUAUGUCACUGGGCAAGUACCAUUUAAGUGAUCGCCCACUGUACUACCACUCGAUGUCCGGCUCUCUUGAGUUCACAGUAGCAACAUCUGUCAUACGUGAUCCAUCUCGAGUUGAUAAUGCUGUAAGCGAAUUUACACUUCUUGGCGAAAGUCGAGGAGGUGAUGGUCAAGUAUCAGCCGCAGCUGUCGACCGCAACGGUGUCAUGUUCUUUAACCUCAUUUCCAGAGAUGCUAUUGGUUGUUGGGACACUCGCAAGCCUUAUACUAAUGAUAAUCUAGCUAUAGUGGCACAAAACAAUAGAACAAUGAUAUUCCCUAACGAUUUACGAAUGGAUCAUGAGGUGCCUCAAUUAGCUUGGGUAAUAACGAACAGAUUGCCAUUUUAUCAGUUUAAUUUAAUAGAUCCACUUGAUUACAAUUAUAGAGUUAUAUAUUUCGACCCUGCGGAAAUCGUAGAAAAAACAGUAUGCAAGCAAUACAUUUGAAAAACAAUUUAUUCAUAAAUUUAAAUUUGUUGUUACGCUGUUUUUAAUUAUUACGCCUAUUAAAUUUUAAGAAAA